GGAGGGUUUGCUCCGAGAUCAUAAACUCAUAAAGAAUUUGAAGUAGCUUAAUCUGAGCAGCUGAUUCAAUUUAAAGGGUCAAAGUAAAUGUCUACUACGGCCAUGACUCAACUACUAGCAUGUAUAUUAGGAAAAUGGAGACAAGGGGACCAUGCAUGUUAUGCCCGAAUCUCGAGGACGCCAAACGCUAUCAGAGCCAUUCUUCUACUCUCUCUCUCUCUCGAUCUUCCAUCAAACUGAAUAAAAAAACAAAAAAACGCGUUUCCAUGUUAUUGUAGCAGUAUUUUUAUUUUUUCAUGGUUUAGUUUGCAAGUGAAUUUAUUUUUACGUAUUUUCUAGGCAAUUAGAAAGAUUCAAUAUAGUCGUAGUAAGGUAGCAGGUGGGGCGUUUGUCUUGAGGACAUGAAGACAACAUCCAAAUCCAAUUAGUCCUAUUAUCUGCUCUUUUGCUAUACUCCUGUCAGAAAAAAAGUUGGCUUUCUCAUCGGGACAGGAAGUAAUGGCGGCCAUUUUGUUCCACAUCUUUUUUGCAGUCUUUUGGGUGCAUUUUGCUCAAGCAACUGGUAGUCUUCUUUCUCCAAAGGGUGUUAACUAUGAAGUGGCAGCAUUGAUGGCUGUGAAGAAAGAAAUGAGAGAUGAGUCCGGUGUUAUGAACGGUUGGGAUUUGAACUCUGUUGAUCCGUGCACUUGGAAUAUGGUCGGUUGCUCUUUUGAAGGCUUCGUCUUCUCCCUGGAAAUGGGAAGUGCAAGAUUAUCAGGAACUCUUUCGCCUAGUAUCGGGAAUUUGAGUCACCUAAGAACAAUGUUAUUGCAGAACAAUCAUUUAUCUGGUCCCAUUCCAGAAGAGAUCGGAAAGCUCUCAGAUCUUCAAACUCUUGACCUCUCAGGUAACCAGUUCGUUGGUGGUAUUCCGAGCUCUUUGGGAUUUCUGACCCAUCUAAGUUACUUGCGACUCAGUAAAAACAAGUUAACUGGGCAGAUUCCAAGACUGGUGGCCAAUCUUACUGGACUUUCAUUCUUGGAUUUAUCAUUUAACAAUCUUAGUGGUCCAACACCAAAAAUAUUCGCAAAAGGUUACAGUAUUGCUGGGAAUGGAUAUCUUUGCACUUCCUCACAUGCACAAAAUUGCACGGGUAUCUCAAAUCCAGUGAAUGAGACACUUUCAUCUGAGCAAGCCAGAAGUCAUCAUCGGUGGGUGCUCUCUGUUGCCAUAGGCGUCAGCUGCACUUUUGUAAUUUCUGUCAUGCUGCUUGUCUGUUGGGUGCAUUGGUAUAGAUCUCGUCUACUCUUCAUAUCAUAUGUGCAACAAGAUUAUGAAUUUGAUAUUGGUCAUUUGAAGAGAUUUUCUUUCCGUGAACUACAAAUUGCUACAAACAACUUUAGUCCAAAAAAUAUCUUAGGGCAAGGUGGAUAUGGUGUGGUUUACAAAGGAUGUCUCCCAAAUAAAACUUUCAUUGCAGUUAAAAGGCUGAAGGAUCCAAAUUUUACUGGAGAAGUGCAGUUUCAAACUGAAGUGGAAAUGAUUGGGUUGGCUUUACAUCGAAACCUCUUAUGUUUGUAUGGCUUCUGCAUGACACCUGAUGAGAGGUUGCUUGUUUAUCCUUACAUGCCAAAUGGCAGUGUUGCUGACCGCCUGAGAGAGACCUGUCGAGAAAAACCUUCUUUGGAUUGGAACAGACGGCUACUCAUUGCACUUGGGGCUGCCCGUGGACUUCUAUACUUGCAUGAACAAUGCAAUCCAAAGAUAAUUCACAGGGAUGUUAAAGCUGCAAACAUUUUACUUGAUGAAGGUUUUGAAGCUGUAGUUGGGGACUUUGGUCUUGCUAAGUUGUUGGAUCUUAGAGAAUCACAUGUGACAACUGCGGUGCGGGGGACUGUAGGACACAUUGCACCUGAGUAUCUUUCAACAGGGCAAUCAUCCGAUAAAACUGAUGUUUUUGGAUUUGGCAUACUACUUUUGGAACUUAUAACAGGGCAAAAGGCAUUAGAUGCUGGAAAUGGCCAGGUUCAGAAGGGAAUGAUUCUUGACUGGGUUAGAACUUUGCAUGAGGAGAAGAGGUUGGAAGUGCUAGUGGAUAGGGAUCUGAAGGGAUGUUUUGAUGUGUCCGAGCUGGAAAAAGCUGUGGAUUUGGCUCUGCAGUGUACUCAGUCACAUCCUAACCUUCGGCCAAAAAUGUCGGAAGUCUUGAAGGUCCUACAAGGUAUUGUUGGGCAGCCUGCAAUUGAGGAAUCACAUGUUGCAACUAGUAUUGGUGAGGCAAGGGCAUGCAAUUGCUCAAGGCAUUGUAGCGAUGUUCAUGAGGAAUCUUCUUUCAUCAUUGAAGCAAUGGAGCUUUCCGGACCUCGAUAACCUGUGGGAAUUGGUUUGCUUUAGAAGGAUGCUAAAAUGUUCUUAAAUCUUGCAUGUGGUGGAAAAACUGCUUUCUUGAUCAUCACUGAGAGAAACUCCAGACAAGAUACUCGUCUUCUGGGCCUUCUAAUAUUCAUUUAGAGCACCCCAGCCCCCAGCUAACAUGCUUUUCAUCCACCGCUUGUACUUAUAGGAUCAACGCACAUGGCAUUCAAAUGCAACAUAUAAUUGACCAUCGUUACCAAGAACCUGCUUCCCUCCUCUUAAAUCCUACCAUACAGCUUGAUUAAUGGGUGGCUGUCAUUGCACAUGCCACCUCUAUAUUCUGUUGUUAGCCGCAUUGCUUUUCCUCAUAAUUGAAGACUGUUACUUCUGCAACCUGGCUGACACCAAUCAGUAGGGGCGGCCUACUGUCCUUUACUUGUGGAGAAGAAGGGAGUCUGAUCAUUAUCUGUGCGUGGUUUAUGCUCAAGCUGGGGUUCAGUUCGGAUUCACGUACUGAAGUGAAAAUGCAAAAAUAGAUAAUAAUCUCUAUCUCCAUUUUUGUUCUGUUAGCACCCUCCUCUGCCUCUAUGGUCUCACCGCCUCUGGACUUUCAAGCAAUGGUCGGUCCUUCAAUUGCGCCUGCUUUUGACGAGGGGAUCCAAAUUUCAAGAAAGAGGGCCGGUUUCCAUGUGACGACUGCAGAGUAGCAAAAAAUAGCGUAAAUUUAGUACCGUUUUGGAUUUGAGAAAAGAAACACACACUAGUGAGCAACUUGAGAUGAAGUCGAUCUGCUGGCCGAACCACUCCCCAAGGGGUAACAUAUUUCCAUAGCAAAAAUAC